AUGAAGGCCUUCGCUAUAUUCACCUUUGCAGUAGCAGCCGCUUCUGCGGCUGUAAUUAAUUCUACCCAGAUCGUGGAGGUUCCUAGCGGUGCUCUUGAGAUCACCAUCGAUGGUGUUUCAUGGGGCUAUCUGCUUGAUACUACAGAAGGAGUCCGGACUUUCGACGUCUCUGGCACUGAGUAUAACCUGCAGCAGACUAUCGUAACUAGAGGCGGCGUCCAUACAAUCGCAGAAUUGAUUCAGAAAUGGGGCAAGCCUGCCGCAAAGCUUUUCCAGUGUAUCGGUGCUAAGGUUGUCAGCAAUUGUGCAAGCCAGUUCGUCUUAUGUAGCGCAAGCGGCGUUGCGCCUUGGCGACCAAUUGCACUGCUAUCCUGUCUUAGCAAAGGCCUGGAGCGCCUUAUAGCCUGCAGAAUAGUGUACUACGCUAUCACCUACAAUAUUGUCCACCAGAACCAGGCUGGGGCACUACCCAAGCGUAGUGCCACCAACCUGGUAGCGGCGCUAAUCCACGAUAUUAAACUCGAGCGGAAGAAAGGCAACUACGUUACAAUUACUACAGCCGACGUCCAAGGUGCAUACGACGCUAUCCUCCGUAAUCGUAUGGCAACUAGACUCUACCUACAAGGAUGGCCUAUAAACUUGGUUAACUGGAUACACAGCUUCCUCUCUAGCAGAAGAGUAUCUAUCCGACUUCAAGAUAUUGUCACAGUACUCAUGAAACUAACCUGCGGCCUACCGCAAGGAUCCCCCAUGUCACUAAUCCUUUUUAUUCUGUACACUGCUGUGCUUUACACUAUUACAGGACCACUGCAACGAUACGGCUAUAUAGACGAUAUGGCAAUGCUCUUUUCCGCCCCGACACUCAGACAAACAACUCGACAGGCAAACGCUGCUAUAGAGGCACUAGAGACUCUAGGAGCUGAACAUGCUAUCACGUUUAACCCAGCCAAAACAGAAGUCAUGCACUUCACGGGUGAAAAGCAUCGUAAUAACCUCCUACCUAUCACGCACAAAGGACAGCUUAUCUACUGUAAGCUAUCGAUAAGAUGGCUCGGUAUUUGGUUCGACUCGCAACUGCGAUUCGAGCACUAUGUUGAGAUACGCUGUGCACUAGCAAAGCGCACCGCCCUGCAUCUCCGCAGCUUCUACACAACAAUACACGGCCCCUCAGCACAGGCUAUUAGGCAAGCAAUUAUCGCCUGCGUGCUCCCGAAACUACUUUUCGGCGCAGAUGUAUGGCUACUAGGGCCUACCAGCGACGUCGCUGAAACACAGCCCCGGCAAAAACGACUCACGCGAAGGAUUGCUAAGAAGAUGCAGGUCGUGAUCAACAUCGCCUGUAAAGCAGCGCUUCUACAACGCACUGCCGCACGCUUACGUACUCUAGACAAACAACACCCGCUCGUGCAACGAGGCCGCUAG